ACAAGCUAUCUCGGUAUGUGCACUAAUCCAAAAUAGUUUUUAAUUCAAACUCGAUCACUGAAAAUCAAUGUAUAAUAGGCAACAGAUUAGUGUAUUAUAAAUACAUCCGUUUGUUUUCUUUUUUUCAUCACUUAUUCAAUCUACUAAAUUUUGAUCAUGGUAUUAUUGCCAAGAAUCACCAUGGCGCUUAGGAACACCAUCUUCUUUACAUUCUUCUUGAUUGCUUCCUUAAUUGCUCUGCUUACUCCAUUCACGACAUCUCAAAAUGCUAAUGUUUCAGCGAUCUUUAUCUUUGGGGAUUCAACCAUUGAUCCAAGUAAUAACAAUCACAUAAACACGUUAUUUCAUAGUGACCACCCGCCUUAUGGCAUAGACUUCCCUGGCCGAGUCCCAACUAGAAAGUUUUGCGAUGGAAAAUUAGUGACAGAUUUUUUGAUUUCUUCCUUGGGCAUCAAGGAACUCUUGCCGGCUUAUUUUGGCAUUAGUUUUGUAUCGGUCGGUUCAAGUUUGGACCUGCAGACGAUAAUUAUAACACAAGCUUUGGACCUUCCAACUCACUUGAAUAAAUUUUACGAAGCAUUACAAAGAAUGGAGGGUGUUGUUGGACAAGAGGAGGUUCGCAGGAUUGUUAAAAAUGCUUUGUUUUUAAUCAGUUUUGGAAGCAAUGAUAUGUUGUUCAACUAUUACGACAUACCUACGAGGGCACUUGACUGUUCACUUCCAGGUUACCACCAAAUGCAACUCCAAACCAUGUACGGUUUUAUUGAGAAUCUUUAUAAAUUAGGAGCACGGAGGAUUGCAGUGGCUGGUCUUCCACCAAUUGGCUGCGUACCUGCCCAAGUGACAAUAGGCAGCAUCCUACCAAUUAGCACAAACUUUAUCCAACGUUCAUGUGUCGACAAUCAGAACAUGGACGUUGGACUCUCAAGCUUAUAAUCAACAGCUAAAGGCUCUUACCUCAAGUUGGCAAUCUAAACUCCAAAGUUCCAGGAUCGUAUAUGCCGAUAUUUACAGUCCCAUUAUGGACAUGAUCCAGAACCCAAAUAAUAAUGGUAUUCUUUCAAGUUUUUUUUUUUUUUUUUUUCGUUUUUCAAAAAUUAGCAUAUGUCUAUUUGCGUAACAUAACGACUGAUCUUGGGUUUAAUUAAUUUUCUGUGUUUUUGUGAGGGUUUCGAUGUGACACUUGAAGCAUGCUGUGGGACAGGGCUUGCGGAGGCGGGUCCAUUAUGCCAAGAUGCAUCUAAAUAUAUUUUCUUUGAUUCAGUACAUCUUACAGAAGCAGCAUAUCGGGCUAUUGCCGAUAUAACCAGAAAUAAUUUGUUUCCGCGUGUUGCUGGUAAUUAGGAACAAUUAAUUGAACAAUGCUAGCUAGUAAUAUAUGUAAUUUAAUUAGUUAUUGAUGUUAUUAGUGUUGUUUAGGACCUAAGAGUUUAUACGUACGUUUUAUUAGUCUUGAUGUUUAGGAACCACAGUACGUACGUACGUACGUAGUAAUUAUCUAUUUAGUAUGUGAAAUAAGGCCAUAGU